GCAACUUGGAUAAUCCUACAGCAGACCAUAUCGACGGAGGGCGAAUCGCUUACCGUCUCACUUGACUGAAAAUGUGGCGGCGGCUGAUUUGUUGCAGACCCGUUGCCUCUUACAGUUCCUUUUUCUUUCCCUUCUUUCUUGGUCGUGAUCCAAGGUACUGCUGGGCCAGGGCUGUGCAUAGCUGCAUGCAAUUGCCGUUCCUUUAGGUACUUAUUCCAUAACGUAUACUUCAUAUCGCGCAGCUAUGUACCCCGCUAUUUACCCUGGGUUAUAGGUAGCCCUCUAUCAUGGAUAUUUAUCUGGUACGAAUCUGUGAGCUGCCUGGGGGCUCGCUCUACGUUGAUCGCAAAUCCCAUGCAACAACCGACGAUGAGUACAUCGCGAUCUCCCAUGUCUGGGGAACUCCAGAAACCAUUCAAAAGUCCACAGUAGAUGGCAUCCCAUGGGAUGUAUAUUUAAGUCCCGGAAAGCAAGAUAUCCUGUCACUCCUUCGGCGCGAUGAUGUUUGCGGCAACAGUUGGUUUUGGAUGGAUCUCUUCUGCCUUGACCAAUCCGAGUUAUCCUCCGUCAAAAUCGCCGACCAGCUAAUGGCAAUACCCUCUAUAUACAAGUGUAGCCGGUGUGUGAAGGUCUUGAUAGAAAGUUCUGUAUGCAUGGAGUGGCAGGAGGUCGCUUUUAGAGCCUUUGAACGAGGACCUAUUGAUGAAGAGAGUUUUCAAGAAGAGGAAUUAGCCCACGGAAGGUCAUGUCCACAUUUCCUCUUUGCUGAUCCUUGGUUCGAUAGGCUUUGGACACGACAGGAAGGCCUGUAUGCGUGUGUGUUAGAUUUCAUCGUCCUCAAUCCAGUGCCAUGUAAGCGUCAUAAUCGAGACCUAACCAGUGCAUGGAUAGCACAUGGAACUCUCUUGACAUAUCGCUUCAGAGCGGAAACCUUUCUUCUGGACAAGCUCGCGUACCAUGGGCUGCAGCCUUCGAGGGCUGAGGGAUCACUCUUUUCCCUCUAUUUCGACGUCGUCUACAGACAUCAUGUCAAUGUUACGUUGGCCUAUGACUGCGAGCCAGGACCCGAUCCAAAGUACAAUCCUAUCAUGGAAGCAUGGAGGAGUCAGCGAUGCACGACCAAAACACGCGACUACAUUCUUGCGGUAUUCCCAGACAUAGAUGGGUACAAUCUUCCGGUUGGGGCUCGUAAAAUGAGCUUCUCCGAACUUCUGCUCAACGCCAUUCGCCAGCCUGCAGUCCGCGCGAAUUUCCAAAUCGCGCCAAAGAUUCCGCGAGGGAUGGUGUCGCCCUCUGACAAGGACAUAGAGAACAUCUUACCAUGGCUCACGGAUAUCCCCCUUAAUAUUGGUCAGGCAUACGAUACGUUCGCCGCGUAUAGGAGAACCUCGAAGUCCGAGAUUCGUAACUCGGUCAUUCCUGGUAAUAUCGCAUUGGAGGAUAUUGACAUCAGUAGAUCCGGAUUGGACAUACUCAAGGAUGACUGGCAACGCACUACGGACAUUUUCCGGCACGUGGCGCUUGUGUCUCCUUCUGGUCCUUGCACUGGGACGACGCGACAGGAAGUUACCAGUAACGAUACCGGCCUCCUACGGCAGCAUCUCGCGCAAGAAUUCAUGCCUAUCGCCGUGUCGCAAUAUCUACGCCAGGAAGAGAUGCAUGCAUUGGAGCUUCGGACCAAAGGAGUUCUUACUUUUGAUAGAAUAAGAGACAUUCCCGAGGAAGCCUAUGGGCGCGAAUUGAAACGCUUCCUUGUUUGUUUGAUAUGCGGUACAUCAUUACCCACCGCGGACGAAGUAUUGGAGAAAGCGGAUGUUGUACGCGUAUCGACGCCUUACGGGCCUCUAUUAGGUAUAAUCCACAGGGAAACAAGGUGGACAAUCGAGAAGAGCCGGUUAAUGCUCGUGUGCGGCCAAACGUGGGAUCUCCAGGGUUUCUAUAUCGGCGUACGAGUCGAUGGUAAGAUGUCGGCCAGAGGGCGGACCAUCAUCCCAAAUAGUAGUGUUUGGGAUUCUAUUGAAAAAGCUCUGAAAACAUAAUUACCUUAGGUACCUAUCAAAGGCGAACACCUUGCAGGUGAGCUGGUGAGCUUCAUAUAGCACAAAAUUAUUAAUAACUAUGUCCUCAAGUGCGAGGGAGACACGGUAUAUUAUCCACUUACAUCUGAUUUGUUGAGACUUUUGCACCAUUCUUAAAGUGACAAGUUUUGAGU